GCAUUCCAGAAGCCCUAGGAUCUCAAGCAUCCACUCUCAGCUUGGCGCCUUCAUCAAUGGCGGAGGAUGAGGAAGCGAAAAACAGUGAAGAGACGAUUCAACCGACGUUUCCCAGUAGCCGAGUCAAGAAAAUCGUGAAACUAGACGGGGAUAUCAACAAGGUUAACUCGGAGGCCCUGUUCUUGAUCUCGUGCUCCUCCCAGCUCUUCCUUGAAUUCAUCGCCGAGAGAUCCGCUCGAGUCGCGAUCGAGAAGAAGCGCAAGACCGUGAAGCUUGAGCACCUGAGAGUCGCCGUCAAGAGGCACCAGCCAACUAGCGAUUUCCUCCUCGAUUCGCUUCCGUUGCCUUCUCAGCCGGUGGAUGGUCGCCCAGACGCCGAACGGACUCGGUCUCGGACUUCCUUGGGUGAUAAACCGGUACCCGCUGGCACCCGCCGGAUCGACGACUUCUUUCGAAAUGGUUCUUAGUUAUCCCUUUUGACUGAUCUAGGAGAAUUGUGAUGACUUGAUGAUUUCGUUAUGUAAAAUGUUUCAACACUACGAGGGUUAUGUUUGAUUAAGUUCAUUUCUUGACUUUUUUUUAUUAUUUGUGUUAUACUCCUCUCAUUUUUUUUUAAAAAAAGAGUUAAAAACGUUCUUUCGUGCUCACUAUUUGAUUUUCAUAUCUUGGUAGCGGUUGGGAUAAGCUGAUGACGCAUUGAGAAAUGACGAGUUAAUCAUACAAGGGUUUAGAUAGUAACUAGGUUUCUUUGAUGCCCAGUAAGCUCUGCUCUUUCUAAUUUGAAUGGUUUGGUUAAUAUCCUUUUUGUCCAACUUGACCCUUUGAAUGCUAUGUAAGUGUUAAUUGUUAAAGCUGGCCUGUGAGCUCCCACCAUCUCCAAGUUAAAACUAAAUAUAAUUUAUUUACUGAAAUUAAUUGAUAUAGGUAACAUGACAUUGUCUGGCACCGAACUAAAAAAUUAAUCGAUAUAUUGUUUUUAGACUUUUAGUUGAUCACGCUAUGA